AUGGCAACACACGAGCUCGACGGGGCGAACUCGACGCAGGAGUGGCGACCGAGCAGCGGGUCUUCCCUCUUGGCGCUAGAGGAGAAGGGGUGCUGGGGUGGCGAGAGGGAGCCGACGGAGAGGACGCUCAUCGGCGGCAGGGAGGGAGAAGUCCUGCUGAGCAGAGAGAGGGAGAGAAGAAGGGGAAGGCGCGAGGGCGCGGAGAGGGGGCGACGACGCGGGCGGGAAGGAGGGGAAGGCGCGAGGACGCUGAGCGGGGGCGACGGCACAAGGGCGAGCUGGGGCGACGGCGCGGGCGGGGAGGAGGGGAAGGCGCGAGGGCGCGAGGGUGAGCGGGGGCAACGGCGCGGUAGGGAGCACGCGCGCGGUUAG